AUGGGUGUGGUCGAUUACCUCCUACUAGUUCUUUUGCUCACAGCCGUGAACAGUGCGAUAAGUGAGGCGACCUCGAACGAGGAUGACUCGCGAGAAGAAAAUUUGCGACAGGAGGUCAAUGAGACCACGACAGUCACUCCGACCACCUCACCCUUUGUGAUUAUAGACGAACCGGACGAAACAGAGGAAACAAUUACGAAAGUUGAUGUUCCCACGCUCAGAACAAGGGCUACCACCACCCGCGCACGAUUUCGAAAGGUGACGUCAUCGACAUGCCGCACAUACUCGCUCAGUGAGAAAUAUCACAUUCUUGAAGGUGUUGGAGCACGUAAUCAACUCUACAUGGCUGAGACCCCAGCAGAAGCAUCGUUAGGUUUUGUCUCACCAUCCGCACAAGCUGAACCGAAACUCAAAACACUCUCAGCGGAUACAACCGAAGGAUUAUUCGGCGGACCCGCUGCACCAUUUUGCGGCCGAGAUUGCCAAAUGAUUCGUUCCAAACUCACUCAAGCUCUGGAAGAUCGGCGAAAAGCAAAAAUUAGGCCUCCGAUUAGAAAAACAGUUCGCCAACCCCCACGACCUCGAGCUCCAGUGAUGUUCAUGUCAGCACAGUCCACAUCACCCCUUGGUGAUGCUGGACCAGAAAUAGUCGACGAAGGUGAACCCCUUGGUGUAAGGAGAGGAAACUGUGCACUCGCCCAUGGAAUGUGUAGAUCUGAGACGCUGAGUCUGCGAGUGCUACGAAAUCGAGGAGACGAGAUCUGUGAAGAAUGGGUGAUAGAGCAAAUUGAGUUACCAGUCGCUUGCCAAUGUCUGCUAAGCAAAACCUCAUGGUUACGAUCGCAACCAAUCAGAGUGGAUCUCUGA